AUCAUAAGUUCAGCAUAUUUCAAAUUUUAAUUAAAAAAUUGUAAUACAAUGGUUAUCUUAGUAAGGCAUAUGUGGUGGAACAGGCUAUAUAAAGCCAUCGAGAACAAUGGGGAAAAGCAUCCCUUCUCAACGGCAUUGAUUGACAAAUACAGAGCCAGCUUCUCCAUUGCAGUUGAAAAUGGCUAGUUUGCAAGCUUUGUUGUUGGCUCUAUUCAUCACUGCACUUGCAUUUAACCAAAGUUUUGUUGAAGCAAGGUUUUCGAAUAGCAUGUACAUAAAUUGGGGGGCUCAGCAUUCAACUUUUGCAAGCAAUGGUGAAGACCUUCAACUUGUGUUGGAUCAAACUUCAGGUUCUGCUGUUAAAUCCAAGGGGGCAUUCAUAUUUGGAAGCAUUGAGAUGCUAAUCAAGUUGGUACCAGGAAACUCAGCUGGAACAGUCACAGCCUACUAUCUGUCCUCUACCGGGGACAAGCAUGAUGAGAUCGACUUCGAGUUCUUAGGUAAUGUUUCCAGACAACCAUAUAUUGUUCACACAAACAUCUACACUCAAGGAAAUGGAAGCAGAGAACAGCAAUUUUACCUGUGGUUUGACCCCACUGCUGAUUUCCACAACUACACCAUACACUGGAAUCCCACCGAAGUCGUGUGGUACAUCGACAACCUGCCAAUUCGUGUUUUCCGAAACUAUGAGAAAGAGGGGAUUGCUUUUCCAAACAAGCAAGGAAUGAGGGUAUACUCCAGUUUAUGGAAUGCGGACAACUGGGCAACUAGAGGUGGGCUUGUCAAGAUUGACUGGAAUAGUGCACCUUUCAUUGCCAGAUUCCGUAGGUUUAGGGCAAGAGCUUGCAAGUGGGAUGGGCCACUGAGUAUCAAUCAAUGUGCCUCCAGAUCCCCAGCAAACUGGUGGACUUCCCCAACUUACAGCCAGUUGAGCAGUAGUAAGAUGGGUCAGAUGAAGUGGGUCAGAGAUAACUUCAUGAUCUACGACUACUGCAAAGAUACUAAAAGAUUCAAUGGACAAAUGGCUCCUGAAUGUUUUAAACCGCAGUUCUAAUCCAUAUUCCCAUUUCCUUUCCUACUACCAUUAACCAAAAAAUUAUUUUGUUACAUUCCUCAUUUCAUUGCUUUUUUCCUCUAAUUUUUGAUUGGGCAAAUUUUGUACGGUUAAUUGUGUUUCAAUUGUAUUGCAGUUUUUUUCCUUUUUCCGUUCAUUCAAUAAAUU